AGUCCUGGCACCACGAGUUUCGUUUCCUGGAUUUUACCGUGGCUUUUUAUCGUGCGGGAAUGGCGUGCUUCGUCCCAGAACCAAAACUGAUCCCGCAAUGGAUAUCGCCGAUCUUUCCAUUCGCCCCGUCACCCUGGGCCACCUUCAUAACCAUGAUAUUCGUAUCCAUUGCCUUCACUGGAAUAGUAAUACGGGGUGAAAGCUUCGUAAGGUUCGAGAAUUCUUCCAAAGUGAACCUGAGCGAGAUCGUGCUGACGGUGCUUGGAGUGAUGCUGCUGCAGGGCCUUGUCAAGGAACCCGACAGACCUUCGUGGGCCGCCCUGGCAAUGACUCUCCUAGUCGUGUCGUUGCUGCUUGCUACUGCUUACGGAAGCAGCCUAGCAUCUGCUAUGACGAUACCUAGGCGAGUAAAUGUAUACGCGCAUUUGGUUGUAAACAAUGGUAUUACAGCAAUCCUGCAGACCAGCGUCGGAAUCAGCGUCGAGGUGAUACUCCAAGUGUUUGUAACCUGA